CCAUUGUAUGCCAACAGACAUUUUUUAAAUAAUUUUUUUUCCCUACACAACGGAGAGGAAGGCAACGCCACCUAGUGUCAAACUCCUAAACCUCUCCACCACUGCAAACAGCUGUCAUCUAAUAAGACUCACAAGUGGAACCUCAAAUAAGAAUAAUACAUUACAUGAUAUAAUAUACUACUGGAAUUGGCCUGAGUAAUCGAAGCCAGAAAUUAAGAAGAAGAAGAAGAAGACUUAUUUCGUUUAUUUAUUAUUGUGCAAUUGUAAAACUGGUGAAAUUGAGAGUAGUUUUAAAAAAACGAGACUAAAUGUCAAAUUUUCAAGCACUUGUCUGUUCGGUUUCUUUGUUGAUCUGUCUUUGUUUCAGCUUUUCCGGAUUGUAAAAAUUUUAUAAAUCAAGAAGAAAAUUAAUAAUCGGUGGAAAAAAAUAAAGAAUGGGCUGAAAAUGAAACUUUUCAAAUUAAUCGUUCAUCAGAAAAACUUCAGUGGAGAAGAUUUAAUUAUAAAUCCAAAGGAUUAUCCGGGUAUUAAAACUGGAGAUGUUGUGGAAAUCUAUCAUCCGGAAGAUGAGUUUAGUCGAUUAUUGUUGCAAGUCACUUCUUUUAAAGAGGACUUGCAAAGUCGAGAAACAAUUAGCGUUGAAAAUAAUGUAGCAACUAUGUUUCAAUUGAGAACAUUUGCCGAUGUUUAUAUGAAUAUUGUUAAUCCCGACGAUGUUGCUCUCGAUUCGGUUGAACUUACAUUCAAGGAUCAAUAUAUGGGUCGCAGUGAAAUGUGGAGGUUGAAAAAUAGUUUGGUAAAUACGUGUGUAUAUACGAAUAAAAAAAUCGAAUUUUGUGGAGGAACUAUAAGAUGUCAAGUUCAUGAAAUGUGGUCGCAAGGAGAUCGAGUGGCAUGUGGUGUCAUCACCGACGAUACAAAGGUUGUUUUUCGCUCGUCGACAAGUAUGGUCUAUCUUUUUAUACAAAUGAGUUCGGAAAUGUGGGAUUUUGACAUACACGGCGAUCUUUAUUUUGAGAAAGCCGUUAAUGGUUUUCUCGCCGAUUUAUUUCAAAAAUGGAAGAAAAAUGGCAGCAAUCAUGAAGUGACCAUUGUUUUAUUUUCACGAACCUUUUACAAUGCAAGUAAUUUAGAGGAAUUUCCAAAUCAUAUGCGAGAAUGUUUACAACACGAUUAUCGUGGUCGAUUUUACGAGGAUUUUUAUCGUGUUGCCGUACAAAAUGAGAGAUACGAAGACUGGAGUAAUGUUUUGGUACAAUUACGUAAAUUAUUCACUGAUUAUCAGAAAAUUGUUUUGGAAUAUCAUCAAAAGUCAGGUGUGCCUGUACCGAAGGCGACAAAUUCCACAGCUGCACAGGGGAACUUUUUAGAAGUUCUCAACAUGUCUCUCAAUGUGUUUGAGAAACAUUAUCUGGAUCGCAGUUUCGAUAGAACUGGACAAUUGUCUGUGGUGAUAACACCAGGAGUUGGAGUUUUCGAAGUUGAUCGUGAAUUAACGAAUGUCACAAAGCAGAGAAUCAUUGACAAUGGAGUUGGUAGUGAUUUGGUCUGCGUUGGGGAGCAACCUCUACAUGCCGUACCUCUUCUAAAAUUUCACAAUAAGGAUACUUCGAUAAAAGUUCCUGACGACUACAGUAUGCCACAUUGGAUAAAUCUUAGUUUCUAUUCAACGAACAAAAAAAUUCCCCAUUCGACUUUUAUACCUCGGAUCAAGCUUCCGCCAAAAGUUUCGAAACAACCGAACGAAAAUGAAAAAUUGAUGACCAAAAAAUUGUUACAUCAAGAUUCCAAAGAAUGCCUCCAUAAUACUCUCUUUGAUUACGAUGCCUAUGACGCUCAAGUUUUUCAAUUGCCUCCAAUUCAUACAUCUAGAAAUGAAAAUAUUUUCUAUUUCAACAGUCUGCAAAGGGUGUCGAAUAGAACAAAGAAAACGAGUGUUGCUUGCCUGGAGACACCGAACAAUUUACAAGCAUUGAAAUUAAAGCGAAAAAUGUCGGAUCCUGAUAUUCAUCAUCCACCACCGGAAUUAUCGUCUCCGACAUUACUUUCGAGUAAAAGUGCUGCUAUUUCAAUUCCUCAUCGUAAUGAAGAAGUGAACAGUGUUGAUUCAAAUGAAGGACUACAAAAAGCUCCUUCGAGAAUAUCGUUGAAAAGCGAUGCUACAGACAGCGAAAUAUCACCGCCUUUUAGGCCAAUUGUCGGCAGUGCUGGCAGUCCAACUAAUUCAAUUGCUCAACCGAUAAAUAUUCUCCGACCCAGCAGAGCUCUCAUAAAUCCUUUCGAUCCCUCUCACGUGACUAUUAAACUCACGAGUAAUCGAAGACGAUGGACUCAUAUUUUUCCUAAAGGUCCAACUGGCGUUCUAAUUCAACAGCAUCAUUAUCAAGCAGUUCCGGCUCAAACACGUUCGGAAAAACCGGGUGACACAAUUUCAGUGUUAAGUAUUUCACCCGAACAGAAUGGCACCAAAAAUUAUUCAAUGUCCAGAUCAUCGUCUCAAACUGGAUUUCAAGAUCAUUCGCAAUCGAAAUUGCAGAAGAAUCUUGCUUCACAGAAUAAUAUCGAUAAGGCUGGACAAACAGGAGGACAUUCUUCAAGCAAAAGUUUGACUCUUCUGUGGGGCGCUACGGGGGAACAAGAAUGGACACCAGCUCUUACAACAGCAAUCAUAGGUGUUGAUUGGAAGUCGCUGACAAUUCCGGCUUGUUUACCAAUUACAACUGACUAUUUUCCGGAUAAAAGAAGUCUACAAAAUGACUAUCUUGUUUCUGAUUAUAAUUUAUUGCCCGACGAUGUUAAUGCUGAUUUUGCACAGCAGCGGGCGAUUUAUAAAAAACCCCUCACGACCGCCGAAGUCUUCAAGGAAUUGGUUUCUCAACGAUUAGCACAAGGAUUUCAACACAUUAUCUUGCCACCGAAUAAUAAGAAUCAAAUUACAACACCUGGAAGUAAUAAUGCACCACCAAUCAGUUCAGUUAUGCGAGGUCGACCUUCUGAAUCCGAGCCGAAGGAGGAAUAUCUUUUAAGUAUCGGAAGAAUAUUUCACAAAAUUUCCCUCUGUGGCAAUUGUAUAACCGUAACGAGAUACAGACCAAGACAUCCAUAUCCACCGUUUAAUAUUCAUUAUCGUUACCGCUUUCACGCGCCUCAUCAUGAUACUUAUGAAGUGUCCUGGGUUUCUUUUACAACCGAGAAAUUAGAAAAUUACAAUUGGAAUUAUUUGGAUCAUUAUAUUUGUACUCGUGGCGAUACGGAUUUUUCUCUAGCUGAGGCUCUGAAAUAUUGGAGAUUUCGAAUAUUUCUUCUACCGUUAAAUAAUCCAGCGACACGUAAACUUCUCGAUGGCUCGUCACGUUGUGAUAUUUACACUCCUCUCUCUCCAAACGAACAAACCGCUUACAUGGAUGGUUUCCUUCGAUUCAUCGAGGGAUGGUUAAAUAAAAUUCGACGACCAAAUUCGAAUAAAAACUGGCGAAAUGUGUUUCAGAGUACAACGAGUUUAGGUGGUGCUUUUCCAAGAGAUCCUGCCUCUCAUUUGACAAGGCGAAGGCACAGCACGAGCCUGAUUUUUCUCACUAACCAUCAGACAAGCCUUGUUGGCAAUUCUCCAUUCAGAGAGAGACUUGGGAGCAAUCGACUUCCUGAAAAACCAAGACCAAGAUCAGGAUCAAAAGUGUUGGAUCGAGGUAGAAUUUCUCCAGCAAGUGAAGCAGUUUUGCCGCUUUCUUUGGAGCAACAACAGGAUCACUUGGACACUAAUGAUGAAAGCAAUAAUGCUGAGGUGGCGAAAUUGAAAAGCAAUGCUUCGAAUUCGGAGAUUUUAGAAGCACUGAAACAUCCCGUAACUGGUGUUGGCUUCCUCACUCAACACAAGGAUCCCCUGCCGAGUCAAACUUUUGUGAGUGCAGACGCAGUACAAUGGUUAAAUAAUCAUAUCGAUGGAGGAGUAACAGUUGAAUGUGCAAUAAACAUUAUGCAGAAUAUGAUAAAUGAGAAGCUCAUAUGUCACGCCUCCGGAGAUUUUACAAAGUCAUUUAUUUUGGGCUUUUAUUUAUAUCGCGUUGUACAGGAGAAGGAGAAUCAAAAAGUUACAGGAACAGACAAUUCUUUGCCACUUGGGGAUUUACAAAGUUUCGAAAACGAAUGGGUGGAGAUUGAAACUAGACCGCCGAAAGGAUGGUGCGAACGUACAGUACCUAUAAUGCACUCAAAUGUCUCAUCACCGAUAGCUAUUCCAAGCUGUGAUACUGUAGACGAAUCUAAUGUUCCAAUUUUUCUGCGAGACGAUAUAGAAAUUUCCGACACGACAAACGAACGAGACGGAAGAGUUCCUAUGUAUAAACAUACUCAUUUAGACACUGAUAUUCUAAAUAAUAUCACUAAAAGUGAUAGAAUUGAAUGGGGCCAUUUAAGAUAUCAAUCUGUUUUUAAAGCCGAUCAUUCCUAUGAAUUGGUUGUUCAGUGGGUCGCGUCUUCUGGAAGUAUUGUCGCGGAUUUGAUAUUUCUGUGGCAACGCAAGGCACUAAUGUGUGGUCUACACAUGGUACCGAUUCCUAGCGAUUUACUGGCUUUACCUUUUACUCUAAAAAGCGAUCCUUUAAGAGGGCCUAUUUUCAUACCUCUAAGUACAGAAUGUUUAAUGAAUAAACGACGCUAUCUUUUUGAAGAAUUUCGAGAGGACACAUACACGCAGAGAUUGUUUCUAUUUCAAGAGGCUAUUUUACAAAGAUUUGGAUUCAUUCCGUGCAUUACAGAAUGCAAUGAAAAUGAUCGGCAAUAUGUUCAUGUAACUGGCAAUGCUUUUAUUUUGAUUCCAUCGACAACUGGCGUGAGACCGCGAACACGAACUGGCACCAAUGUUGUGAGACGAAACGUGGCUCAGAAACGUUAUCCAGUGCAUUCGGAUCAGCCAAGUCCACACGAGGCUUAUAUCACGAGGCACGUCAGUGGAAAAAGUAAUGACGAUUACAGUCCUGAUAGACGAUUAGGCUUUCUCUGGUCGUGGAAUCACAUGGUAAGUCGAAAAUGGAAAUCAUUAUCAACAUCGUCUGGGGAUGAAUUAUUCCAAAAGAGAAUUAUUCAGGAUUUCAGGCAAUUUUGCUCAAAUAGUGAUAAUAGAUUAGAAAUAUUUUGGGAAGCCUGUUGGGAAUUAAAGGAAAAAUCCUGCAUCAAGAUAAAAGAAUAAAUUUUUGUUCCUUUUUCUUCUCUUUAAGUUAAGUUCGAAUUCAUGAAUUUUUGUAAAUUUUAUUUUUAUAUGUUUUGUGAUUUUAGAUUAAAUUAUUAUAUAUUAUUUCUUCAAACUAAAAUAGCACUCUAGUCUUUCUAAUACAAGUGAUUUUCGAAAUACCAAAUAAAAUUAUAGAUUUCAAUUUUAAAGAUUUGUUUUGCUAAUUAAUAAUAAUUCACGUUUAAAAAUUAUUCGAUAUCAUUAAAAUAUAAUUGAAUAAUUAUAUUUUCAUAAUAAAUUAUCAUUAUUGUUAUGUAAUUAUAAUCAUUGCAGGAAAAUUAGCAGGUUUCUUUCUUCUUUUAUUAAAAAUUACUUUAAAAAGUAUUUUAAAAGAAUAUUAAAUUUAAAAUUGAUUGUAUAUUGUUAGCAGGAAUAUAAUUUCGAAAUUAUACUAUGAAUUUGUUUGUAAGAAAUUGAAAAAAAAAAAAUCUAUUGUACAUUUAUACUUUUAGUGUAAAAUGGAUAAAUAUAUACUUUUUAAA